CAGCUGUUGCUUUGCAAUACAAGUGGGCGCGGUUGUUGGGAUUGUCACAGACUUUCAAGUACACUUCAGGUUCCAGACUCCGAGAAAUACAUUACUUUCCUCAGCAUUCGUAUACCUCAGACGUCUUGGGAGAAGGUAUCGCAAUGAGGAACUCAUUUGGGUUAUGCUUGGCGCUCUGUUUCGCCACCUUUGAGCUUGGUUCAGCCAUUCGCUGUUACACCUGUCAGGACUACACUGGCAGCUGCACGAAAACCCAGGACUGCAGCUUAGAUGAUGCCUGUCUCAGCCUGACACAGAGAGGUGGUGAUACUUUUCGCCGGUGUAUUAAGAACUCUGAAUGUGAUUUUGAUCAGCUAAGCUUGGCUUACCCACAAAUAGGAGGCUUCAGUUACAAGUGUUGUACGUCUAACCUGUGUAAUGGCGCUGUCUCCAUCUCUGGGGGCAAGCCUCUGCUGGGCCUGCUCGUGUCUCUUGUGGGCAUGUGGUGGUGUAUGCACUAGACAACCAUACACAGCCCAACCUUAACCCACUAUACAUGCACACGUACAGCAUCCAUUUAACCUCUUCCUCAGACCUAAGCCACGUCCGACACACACACAGGUUCCUCUCUUGCCCAUCUCGCCCCUGUCUUUUCCCGCCCUCAGCUCCGGUGCUGCCGUCAGAUUUUUUUUUAUAUUUCUAUGAUCGCCCAGACCAACAGAGCGACUUGCAGAAAGGGGUGCUUUCUGACCGACCAUACCAGACUCCCUGUUUGGUUUUCAGAAGGAUUCAGUUUGCACUAGAUCGGCGCUUCAAAUAGAUGCAGUACUAAUGAGGGCAUACUUUGUACAUUUUGAUUUAGCAAUGACUUGCUUCAGCUGCUAAAAGGGCUAUGUAUGUCAAAGUUGAUCUAUCAGAAGUGUUCGGUGUAAAAAUGUCUUGUUAAACAAAAACGUUUGUCCUGUGAAUGCCCUUAAAGGAUCAGUACUGAGUCAGCAGACCAUAUAACUGCUCAUGUACUGUCAUGUCCACUGCUAGCUGUUAAUAAUUGUUUUUUUUUACCAAAUUAGUGACAUGUCUUGCCGAUGUAGAGGCAAGGAAAAUAAAUUCUUAAGUGUGUAUUUCAGAAUAUCAUGGCUGAAACCUAUGCUUUGUAUGCAUGCAUGUUGAGGGUUUAUUUGUCAGUGGAAAAUAAAUAAUAUCUUCACACCAAGUUA